CAGCAUAUCUCCUCAUACUUGGCCGUGUCAUACGACCAAGACGGCCAGUGUUGCUCUGUCUGGGCAGCUGAAUUUCGUUAUCAGUGACCCCAAAUACAAGCUAAAUGGUGACUCCUAAAUGGUGGAGGUCCAUCUGCCCAGCCCGACUAGUCCGAGGGUCCCUAUUUGCGAGAAUCCCAUUCGGGAAAUCUCCCAUCAUGCCUUAGCUGCGUGGACCCUGCAUCCCGUCUUGGUGUCGAGCUGCCCCGGUGUCGGAUAAUCCUUGCCCACGCCGAGGUUUGAUGUUUGUCUAUCGUUCGGUAAGGGUGCGCAUCGUUAUAUCUUCUGCUGCGUCCACCCCAACAUGUCCCUUGCUCAUGUUUGCGGUUGGCUUGUUGGUUUCUGCUUUCUCGAGAGCUGAGCUUCCGGAUCGAAUCGUUGCCCAUUGAGUGUCGACUAGCCAGACGGUGAACACAUCAUCGCCCAUCAUGUCUUCCUCUCCGGUCGAAUACAACGGCACCCUGCCGACGGGUGGUGACUCGUUGACUGAGGAUCUCAACAUUUACUACUCGAGCGGCGACUUUGCUUGGAUAAUGACCUCGUCCGCCCUCGUCCUGCUCAUGAUCCCAGGUGUCGGCUUCUUCUACUCUGGGCUGGCCCGCAGAAAGUCAGCCCUUGCCUUGAUAUGGCUGUCGCUCAUGUCGAUAGGAGUGGCGAGCUUCCAGUGGUUCUUCUGGGGCUACUCUCUCGCCUUUUCGCACACGGGGGAGAGCGGGUUCAUCGGCGACUUGGCCAACAUUGGUCUGAAGGACGUGCUCGGGCAGCCUUCAGUCGGUAGCAGCAAGCUCCCGGAUCUGCUGUUUUGCCUCUACCAGGGCAUGUUUGCCGCCAUCACUCCUGCCCUCGCCAUCGGAGCUGCAGCUGAUCGUGGCCGAAUGCUACCGGCCAUGGUCUUCGUCUUUGUCUGGGCCACCAUCGUUUACGACCCGAUCGCAUACUGGACCUGGAACCCGAACGGUUGGUCCUUCAAGCUCGGCGGCCUCGACUUCGCCGGAGGAACGCCCGUGCACAUUUCUUCGGGCGCGGCGGCGCUCGCGUACUCGCUGAUGCUGGGCAAGCGCGCCGGCUACGAUUCGAACGCCGGCAUGCCGUUCAGGCCACACAACGUCACCCACGUCGUGCUCGGCACCGUCAUGCUCUACGUUGGUUGGUUCGGCUUCAACGGCGGCUCGGCACUGGCCGCCAACCUCCGAGCCGUCAUGGCUCUGCUGGUGACCAACAUCUCGGCCGCCGUCGGUGGACUGACUUGGUGCUUCCUCGACUACCGCCUGGAGAAGAAGUGGAGCACCAUCGGCUUCUGCUCCGGCGUCAUCGCGGGACUGGUGGCUAUCACGCCCGCUGCUGGCUACGUACCUGCGUGGUCGGCCGUCAUCUUUGGCGUUGUUGGAGGUGCCGCUUGCAACUUUGCGACCAAGAUCAAGUUCCUGCUGGGCAUUGACGAGGCGCUCGACAUCUUUGCCGAGCACUGCGUUGGUGGAAUCGUGGGCAACCUUUUGACGGGUAUCUUUGCUGCCGACUACAUUGCACACCUCGACGGUGCGACCGAGAUCCCCGGCGGCUGGCUCAACCAAAACUACAUCCAGCUCGCGUACCAGCUUGCCGACUGCGUGGCCGGCUUCUCCUACUCGUUCGUCAUGACGUGCAUCAUCCUCUUCCUCAUGAACCUGAUCCCCGGCCUGUCGCUCCGUGUGUCGGCCGCCGAGGAGAACAUGGGCUUGGACGACGCCCAGAUUGGAGAAUUUGCCUACGACUACGUGGAGCUGACCCGGCACUUUGAGGAUGCGGCGGUGACGACGCCGGCCGUGGGAAGCAGCCAGGGCAGCAUCAAGGAGCCGAGGACCAAGGAGACCCAGGAGGUCAGCAAGACCGAGACGACUGUUGUAUAAAGCAACGCGUCGAGUGUGUUUGUCGAUGGGACGAUGUUUGGGUCUGGAGAACCAAAACAAAAUUAAUUUCGUUUGCGUACCGUUAAUAGAAGUUGGGACUUCUGGAUAUGGAAAGAUACCAUUUUCUAGCAACCAUAUUUAAUUUGAAUCUUCUUUGUUCAAACCAGGCAGUGAACAAAC